GUUUAGUUGAGAAUUCUUUUCAAAAAUAUGAGAAACCGCAGAAAAAAAUUUUUUUUCUUAGAAAACCCUAAGUAGCUGCUCCCUGCUCCCCGCCCCACCCAGGUCUUCCAGUCUCCCUCACCAGCCAGGCCCCAGGUUUCACCCCUGCCUCCUGGGAAACAGCCAGGCCUGAACCCUGUUGCCUGGCAACCUUGCUUAGUCAUCCAGUAGCCUUCGGUGGACUGGUGGAAUAGGUUGGGGGUCCUGAGGGGUGAGAGACCCUAGGAGAUGCACUCCCCACCCCCAUGGAUGUGGCUGUGCCCAGAGGCUGGUAGUGCCCUGGGGUGGGGUGACAAUUGUUUCUCCUAGUACCUGAAGGACUCUUGAAUUUGAAUUCCUAGCAUUCCCUGUGACGGGACAGGACGGGGGAGAUGGGGGCAGGGGAGAAGGUACAAGCCCCACCUAGGGUGGUGGCCACAGCAGCAAGGGGCAGACAGAGCCAGGAGCCUGGGAAGGAAGCAGGAUGGCAGCAGGGGCAGCGGUAGGAGCCUGGAUGCUAGUCCUCAGUCUGUGGGGGGCAGUCACAGGGGACCAAAACAUCACAGCCCGGAUCGGGAAGCCACUGGUGCUGAACUGUAAGGGAGCCCCCAAGAAACCACCCCAGCAGCUGGAAUGGAAACUGGUAAGUGGGGCUCCUGUCUCUCCACUUCUGGGGACACCAGUGAGAUUCGCGUCCCCUCUCGCCCACCUCCCUUCUUCGUCAGUCCUUUCCCCAAGGGUCUGCACUGUUGAGGCCCCUCUCCUCUACCCCCAGAACACAGGCCGGACAGAAGCUUGGAAGGUCCUGUCUCCCCAGGGAGACCCCUGGGAUAGCGUGGCUCGGGUCCUCCCCAACGGCUCCCUCCUCCUGCCGGCUAUUGGGAUCCAGGAUGAGGGGACUUUCCGGUGCCGGGCAACGAGCCGGAGCGGAAAGGAGACCAAGUCUAACUACCGAGUCCGAGUCUAUCAGAUUCCUGGGAAGCCAGAAAUUGUUGAUCCUGCCUCUGAACUCAUGGCUGGUGUCCCCAAUAAGGUGGGGACAUGUGUAUCCGAGGGGGGCUACCCUGCAGGGACACUCAGCUGGCUCUUGGAUGGGAAAACUCUGAUUCCUGAUGGCAAAGGAGUGUCCGUGAAGGAAGAGACCAAGAGACACCCGGAGACAGGGCUUUUCACACUCCAUUCGGAGCUGAUGUUGACCCCAGCUCGGGGAGGAGCUCUCCACCCCACCUUCUCCUGUAGCUUCACCCCUGGCCUUCCCCGGCGCAAAGCCCUGCACACGGCCCCCAUCCAGCUCAGGGUCUCGAAUGCUGUGCCACUGGAGGAAGUCCAGUUGGUGGUAGAGCCAGAAGGGGGAGCAGUAGCUCCUGGUGGUACCGUGACCUUGACCUGUGAAGCCCCCGCCCAGCCCCCACCUCAAAUCCACUGGAUCAAGGAUGGCAGGCCCCUGCCCCUUCCCCCUGGCCCCGUGCUACUCCUCCCAGAGGUAGGGCCUGAGGACCAGGGAACGUACAGCUGUGUGGCCACCCAUCCCAGCCAUGGGCCCCAGGAGAGCCGUGCUGUCAGCGUCAGCAUCAUCGAAACAGGCGAGGAAGGGACGACUGCAGGCUCUGUGGAAGGGCCGGGGCUGGAAACCCUAGCCCUGACCCUGGGGAUCCUGGGAGGCCUGGGGACAGUCGCCCUGCUCAUUGGGCUCAUCGUGUGGCAUCGAAGGCGGCAACACAAAGGACAGGAGAGGAAGGUCCCAGAAAACCAGGAGGAAGAAGAGGAGGAGAGAGCGGAACUGAACCAGCCAGAGGAGCCUGAGGCAGCAGAGAGCAGCACAGGAGGGCCUUGAGAAGCCCACGGCCAGACCCCAUCCAUCAGCCCCUUUUCUUUUCCCACAGUGUGUUCCGGCCCCAGCCCAGUUCUCCUCUGUAUAAUCUUUAGCCCACCUCCCCCCAGCUUUCUUCCACAACCAGAACCUCCCACAAAAAGUGAUGAGUAAACACCUGCCACAUUUGC